AUGCAGAAAAAUACCAGCAAAGAGGGGAAUCACCACUGUUCUGAGUGUGGAAAGAGCUUUACUACCAGAUCUAGUCUCCAAAAACACCAGCGUACUCACACAGGAGAGAAACUGAAUUACUGUUCUGAGUGUGGAAAGAGCUUUAGUGUGCGUUCUGCCCUUCAGAUACACCAGCGCAUUCACACAGGAGAGAAACCGUAUCAGUGCUCUGACUGUGGGAUGAGUUUUAAUCAAAAAAGUAAUCUCAAAUCACAUCAGCACAUUCACACAGGAGAGAAACCAUUCCAGUGUUUAGAGUGUGGGAAGUUUUUUCGUCAGAAACAUAAUCUGAAAUCACAUCAGCACAUUCACACAGGGGAGAAACCGUAUCACUGCUCAGAGUGUGGAAAGAGGUUCACUGAGGGAAGAAGUCUCCAAAGACACCAGCGCAUUCACACAGGAGAGAAACUGUAUCAGUGCUCAGAGUGUGAAAAAUGCUUUGCUACACUGACUCAGCUCUAUUUGCAUCAGCGCAUUCACACAGGAGAGAAACCAUAUCAGUGCUCAGAGUGUGGAAAGAGGUUCGCACAGAUGGGUAAUCUCCGAACACACCAGCGCAUUCACACAGGAGAGAAACCAUACCAGUGCUCAGAGUGUGAAAAAUGCUUUACUACACUGACUCAGCUCUAUUUGCAUCAGCGCAUUCACACAGGAGAGAAACCAUAUCAGUGCUCAGAGUGUGGAAAGAGGUUCACACAGAAGGGUAGUCUCCAAACACACCAGCGCAUUCACACAGGAGAGAAACCAUAUCACUGCUCAGAGUGUGGGAUGAGUUUCACUGAGAGAAGUAGUCUCCAAACACACCAGCGCAUUCACACAGGAGAGAAACCAUAUCGGUGCUCAGAGUGUGAAAAAUGCUUUACUACACUGACUCGGCUCCAUGUGCACCAGCGCAUUCACACAGGAGAGAAACCAUAUCAGUGCUCAGAGUGUGGAAAGAGGUUCACACAGAAGGGUAAUCUCCAAACACACCAGCGCAUUCACACAGGAGAGAAACCAUACCAGUGCUCAGAGUGUGAAAAAUGCUUUAUUCGUCAGAAACAUAAUCUGAAAUCACAUCAGCACAUUCACAAAGGGGAGAAACCGUAUCACUGCUCAGAGUGUGGAAAGAGGUUCACUGAGGGAAGAAGUCUCCAAAGACACCAGCGCAUUCACACAGGAGAGAAACUGUAUCAGUGCUCAGAGUGUGAAAAAUGCUUUGCUACACUGACUCAGCUCUAUUUGCAUCAGCGCAUUCACACAGGAGAGAAACCAUAUCAGUGCUCAGAGUGUGGAAAGAGGUUCGCACAGAUGGGUAAUCUCCGAACACACCAGCGCAUUCACACAGGAGAGAAACCAUACCAGUGCUCAGAGUGUGAAAAAUGCUUUACUACACUGACUCAGCUCUAUUUGCAUCAGCGCAUUCACACAGGAGAGAAACCAUAUCAGUGCUCAGAGUGUGGAAAGAGGUUCACACAGAAGGGUAGUCUCCAAACACACCAGCGCAUUCACACAGGAGAGAAACCAUAUCACUGCUCAGAGUGUGGGAUGAGUUUCACUGAGAGAAGUAGUCUCCAAACACACCAGCGCAUUCACACAGGAGAGAAACCAUAUCGGUGCUCAGAGUGUGAAAAAUGCUUUACUACACUGACUCGGCUCCAUGUGCACCAGCGCAUUCACACAGGAGAGAAACCAUAUCAGUGCUCAGAGUGUGGAAAGAGGUUCACACAGAAGGGUAAUCUCCAAACACACCAGCGCAUUCACACAGGAGAGAAACCAUACCAGUGCUCAGAGUGUGAAAAAUGCUUUACUACACUGACUCAGCUCCAUUUCCAUCAGCGCAUUCACACAGGAGAGAAACUGUAUCACGGCUAAGAGUGUGGGAAGAGGUUCACUGAGGGAAGUCGUCUCCAAAGACACCAGCGCUUUCACACAGGAGAGAAACUGUAA